AUGGAGAAGAUGUUAUCGGGAGAGCCGUACAACUCAUGGGACCCGCCACUAGUGGAGUUGCGACAGCUGGCGACGCAGCGAACGUCGGCGCUGAAUGCGACACCUGCGGACGAGGUGGAGAAGCGACGCAAGCUGUCGUACGAGCUGCUGGGCGAGGCGGGCGAAAACCUCUUCAUCACGUCGCCCUUCCUCUGCGACUAUGGCUGCCAUAUCACAGUGGGGCGCAACGUGUACAUGAACUUUGGGUGCGUGCUGCUGGACUGCAACCGCAUCACCAUCGGCGACGACGUCCUCUUCGGCCCCUACGUGCAGCUCUACACGGCAGCGCACCCCACGCACCCCGCCACGCGCCUCACGGGAGUCGAAACCGCACACGCCAUCACCAUAGGCUCCAAUGUGUGGCUCGGCGGAGGGGUGAUUGUGUGCCCUGGGGUUAGCAUUGGGUCGCACACGACUAUUGGUGCUGGAAGUGUGGUGACCAAGGAUAUUCCGGACUGCUGUGUGGCGGUGGGGAACCCGUGUAGGGUGAUUAAGACUGUCCCUGCCCCUGAGCCCAGAGCAGAGCUACUGCCUCCGGCAAAUGGGGAGGGUGGCACGGAUACGGAAAAGGAAUAG